AGUAGACGAAGUAAAGAAUCGAGAAUUAGUAACAUUUUCCGAAUGGAUAAAAUAUUAAAUAUUAUUUCGUCAGUGUAACGUGUUAAUUUGUAUUUAUUAUAUUUCAAAUACGAGUACGAGAUGAUAAAAUCGUUAAAAUUAAUACAUUCUUUAACACUAGAAAAAUACCGGAUGCAAAACAUGAAUAUAUUGGUGUGUUUUGGUUGCGUAGUUAUAGCGGCGAGUAUAAUCUGUGUGGCAUAUUGCGACGAGCAAAACGAACAAAUGGAAAAUGUCGGUGGUCCGGUAGCGAGCUUCAAUGAAACAGAGCCCGACGAACCUGCUCCUUCAACAACUAUUCCGCCAAAGCACACCACAGAGCAACCAAAAUCCUCGGAUAAACCCAAACUGAACCCAGGCUCGAAAAACGGCGGCGGCCGCCCUGCUAACUCGACCAAACCACGAACCGAAACAAACGCCAAUGCAGCGAAAAGCGAGAAACCUCGUAACGGAUUUCCUAUUUCGCACACGUUGAAACAAAAGCACAAAUUAAACGCCACUUCUCCUCGUAUCAGCGCCUCGUACGUGGCGCCGGCAGAUCGUGGAGUCGAAUUGACAUUCGCCGAAACUGGUAAAAUUACCGUGUUCAUGAUGGUUCGCGGUAAUGCAUUUAUACAACUGGACGGAGAGGCGAUUCCGACAUUCCAGCUGAGACUAUGUCGCGAGAUAUCGUUCCAGUUUAAAACACGUCUUCCGCAUGGUUUAUUGGUAUAUCACAGCGUGAAAAACAGACCCGAAGGCUCGCCCCCUUAUGCCCUGUAUAUCAUUGUGGAAAAAGGACAACUCAAAGUAGUACACGUCUUCGGAAAACAUCUAACUUCGGUGACCGUUGGAAAAGGUCUGAACAGAGAUAUGUGGCACAGUGUUAUAGUACGUAUCGAUGUCCAUGGAGCUCGACUUCUUGCCAAAGUUGACAACGAAUCGGCUGAAAUCAAUUUACAAGGACUUCACGUGUCCAGCAAUUACGGUAUCGCUACCGACCUAAAUUCGGUCGUUUUAAUCGGCGGUCUCAGUCCCGAAGAGAAAAUCCACGGAGUAAAAUACAUCAUCGAGUCAUUUGUCGGCUGCAUCAAAGAUAUAAUUCUAAGCGCCGGAAAAGCAGCAUCCGAUCUGCUACCUAUAAAUCCAUUAAUAGCCACGAAACACGAACACGUACAGGAAGGAUGCAUCAACAAAUGUUACACGGCGCAAAAUUUAUGCUUUUUCGGCAGCAAAUGUAUCAACCAUUACAGCGAAUCGACGUGCGACUGUUUCGGAACCCUUUACGAGGGCGAAUUAUGCGAUAUUUACACGGCUACGAUUCUCACGCUGCGAGGCUCUUCGUACGUUUCUUACCGAGUAUACGACUGGAAGGAUAGAGUACAUUCUAGCGUUAAUCGCGUUAGUCUACAUUUCAAAACGAGAUUCGACGACUCUGCGUUAUUCUACGCGAGCGGAGAGCACGAGAAAUUUCACUACAUCUCGGUUUCCAUACAAAACGGCACCGUUGUCGUUGAAAUCGAUUUGGGUAACGCGGCCCCGCUCGUAACCACCUUGGGUCAUAAAGUCAACUGCAAUAAAUGGUUCAAUUUGACCAUAUCGCACAGUUACAACGUGAUAAACGUGUCGUUAGACGAUAUCAGCAAAACAAUGUACAUAGAAGGCUCGAUGAAUUACUUGUACAUCGAUCCAGAAAUUUAUAUCGCCGGCGGCCCGGAGCUUCACAAAAAAAAAGGCUUAAAAUCGAAUAAUUAUUUUACCGGAUCGCUCAAGUACGUGUUUUUCAACGAGAUAUCAAUUUUAUACGAGCUGAAAAAAGGUAAUCCCAAAGUACACUACAUUGGCUUACUGGAACCCGAAUUUGGAGACAUGGAUAUCGAGUCGAUGCCGUUGACAUUUCCUUUCUAUUCUUCGCAUAUUUGGUGGUACAAUGAGAAUUUCAACACGUCGGGGUGUUUUUCGCUCACCUUUGAUUUUCGCAGCUAUAAGAAUCUGGCUGUGCUGGCUGCGGCUGAAGUGACCACCGAGACUGGAGAGGGAUACUGGGAGGUCAGAGUAGUAAACGAAGAAGUCAGAUUCGAUUUAGUUUCGAACGUGGUAGUAAACAACACCCAGCUGGUCAGCGUUAAAUACGAUAACACCAAAAACCAAUGGCAUUCCAUAGAUUUGCAAUAUUGUAAUAGCGAAUUGAACUUAACCGUUGACUUUAAACACAAAAUAAAUCACAUAUUCGGAUUACGAUUCAAUCUUAGCGAGCAAAUCAUCGUAGGUAGUGGAAUAAAUGGAAAACCCAACGUAGGUAACGUAGGAUUAAUAGGAUGUCUACGUAAUAUAUCGAUAAAUGAUAAAUUACUCGAGCCUCGAUAUAUCGUCCGGACCAAUCAUAUGGUCGGUGAAGUAUCCAUUGAUAACUGUCAAUUAGUAGACCCUUGUAAAAGGGAUAAUGCGUGUAAACACGGAGGAAAGUGCUCCAUCAAAGAUGACAAAGUACAUUGUGAUUGCAGCGGUACCGGCUACGUUGGAAAAAAUUGUCAUUUCGCCCAAUUCAAGAAAACAUGCGAAGAAUUAGCACUUCUCGGCUACACAAAACCAGACGUGUACUUGAUCGAUAUCGAUGGCAAUGGUAGAUUUCCUCCGGCUCAUGUAAAAUGUGAAUUUCAAUCGUUGGAAGACUGGAAAACCAAAACCAUCGUAGAGCAUAAUCUACCCAGUCAAAUAGAUGUUCGCAGUUCGGCCGAGACAGAUUUUAGUUUCACUAUUAAAUAUCGAGAGUUCACUUCCGAGAUGUUGAGAGAAUUGAUUUCUCAUUCGUUGAAUUGCAGCCAGUAUAUUAAAUACGAUUGUUUCAAGGCUCCUUUAGAACUCCAUUCUGCUACUUGGUUUAUUUCAGCAGCUGAUAAAGGCACUGUAGAUUACAUAGGCAAUGUGAAACGAGGAUCUUGUCCAUGUGCAGAAAACCGAACAUGCGUCGACCCUGGGCUAUCUUGCAACUGCGACGUUUCCGAAGAAAAAUGGCUAUCCGACGAAGGUUUUUUCAUAACUCCAAGCAGUUUGGGUAUCACUAAAAUGGUAUUUCUGCAACAAAAAGACUUGGACGUGAAAGCUCUCGGCAGGAUUACCUUAGGACCUCUGGAAUGCGUCGAAGCAAACACUCAGAGAUACGUGGUAACAUUUACUACGAGUCAGUCGUACAUCGAAGUACCUGGUUGGCGUAAAGGAGACAUCGCUUUUAGUUUUCGAACCACUGGUGAAAAGGCCAUAUUGUUGUAUCAGCCUCCGAUUAGGCAACAUUAUCCAUCUUUCAUGGUUGUUUUGACUAGUGAUUUCGAGUUGACGUUCAAUUUCACAUUGAACACAGGAGAUAGUAGAGAGAUGGAGAUCAAAUCGCAAAGACGUCUCAACAGUGGAGAAUGGCAAAAAAUCUGGAUCGAUUAUAACAAGCAUCAUGUUAGAUUCAUGAUAAACACAGAUUAUCAAAUGGUUGAUUUGAGACCUCACGAAGAAUUUGGUCCUUUCGAAGGCAGCAUGUUUAUUGGGGGUGCUGUUGACACCCUCGUAGUAAAAGGCUCAGUAUACCCCGGCUUGGUCGGCUGUUUUCGAGGUCUGGUGGUAAACGGUGAAAUUCUCGACAUCUAUUCCUACAUGAGCGUCCACCUAUCGGAGAUCAUAAAAGAAUGCAAGCCCAAAUGCGAUCCUAACCCAUGCCAGAAUGGAGCCAAAUGCAAAGAAUUAUGGAACAGAUUCGAGUGCGUCUGCGAGAACGCUUGGGCUUACUCAGGAACCUACUGCGAAGAAAAUAUCAAUAUUGGAGGAAUAACAUCCAUAAUUCGAGAAUCGUUUUUAAAGAAGAGUUACUUGCUGAACAACGUUACCGAACCGGAAAAGGCCAUGUUUGCGAAUAUGCUGAAAAGUGAUUUAUUAUUAAACAUCAGAACGUACGAUCAGAAUUCCUUAAUCGUUUACGUAAACGAUCAUCUGAAUAAUUUCGUCCAAUUGUAUAUCGAAGAUGGUAAAACCAUCGUAUUUUUAUACAAUUACGGCAACGAGAUUAAAAACAUAUCCGUCGAAUACCCGAGUUUAAACAAUGGCAAAUCGACUCAACUGGCAAUCAUCAGAACCGAGCACAAUACCACAUUACACGUUAACGAAUUCAACAACACGUCUCCAUUCGGUAUCAAGCUACUCGCCGAGUAUUCUAAUAAACCGUGGAUAAACCCCCACAUGGAAGUGCUUUCACCGCAAAGACCUCCGGCUCCUCCGACCGAAUACCUUCAAGUAAAUAUAGCCGGCUACGAUCCGUACAAUUUACUCUCCGUUAACAACCACACCAAACUAUCCGGAUACGUUGGCUGUAUUCGUGGCUUGAAAAUCGCUAACAACGUAACCAAAUUAAUAACUCCGCUAAAUAACACGACGAAUAAUACAGAAAUCGAAGGCAUCUUGGUCGGAUGUCGAAUGAAAUGCGACGGUCAACCUUGCAAAAACCAGGGAAUUUGCAUCGAAGAUUUUCAUAAAGGAGAAAGCAAAUGUGACUGCGAGCACACCUCGUACUACGGAGAUCACUGCAAUUUAGAAAAAGGAGCAGAUUUCAGCGGCGAAUCAGUCCUGCAACGUAAAUUCGUCUUGGAAGGCCCCGUAAGGCAGAUUAAAGUCCAACUGGCAUUUUCGAGCAGCGACAAACGAGAGAAAAAAACAGCUCUGUUACUUCUGCAAACCGAGAACAUGCGUAGUUAUUACUUACUGGUUGCACUAGGAGCAGAAGGAGAGCUCAUAAUUGAAGAAGACAGAGAAGGCUCGAUGGGCGCCUACGGAAUACACAUCAAAGAUAGAUCCUUCUUGAACGGAGCUCGACAUUCCGUCUAUUAUAAACGAAUCGAGAACACCACUAUACUUCUGGUAGAUCGUGUAGCUGUAUCGGUAGGACCUAUUCCAUAUUUGAGUUUUAGCGACGAUGAUAAAACCCCGAUCAAUAAUGCUGGAGAUAACGAGGUGCAAAUUGGAGGUGUGAAUACCUCUGAUCCUAGAUUCGGUUCUUAUAAAAGUUACAGCGGAUGCUUAUCCAACGUUUUUAUCGAAGUGAACAGCAACGCGAUGAAACCACUCGACGAAUACAUGUUAUUCACGAAAGCUGGCAGCGAGAAAGUAAACAUAACGAAUUCUCAAGGUGUUCGAAGCGCUCAAUGCGCGUUUUUCGACGUCAUGCAUAAGCCUCAAUCCAGCCCAUCGUUAAACAUUAGUUUCGCAGAAGAACAAGCUUGGGUGGAAGAUCCGCCGGAACGAGUUCAAUAUACGUCUUUUUACGCUGACACAUCGGCUGAAGAAGAAAGCGCCAGCACAAUUGUAUUCGUUCUAUCGUCGAGUAUUUUGGCCAUUUUACUGGUGACUGUGACGUAUCACAGCUACGUAACAAAUCAGAAAUGGAAACGAAGAAAAGAGCAAGAAACCGAGAUGGAAAUUAGAAGAAGUAAAAGACAAUCUUUACAAUACCAAGAAACGGUAUUAUCAACUCCUUUAAUUGUUGUCAGUUACAAGCCAACGACGACGGUAAGAACCGAGAUGUCUCACGAAGACGAUUCGAAACGCGCUGUCAUCAAUGGCGUUGAUCCUAAACCGGUAAUGAAUAAAGAAUACAACAAACAAACGUUGACCGUACCUCAAACCAAAUACUACAAAUUACCAGAUAAAGACGACGUCGUCGAAAAUGAAAUUAGAGAAUAUAAAGAAAAAGAUCGACCGAAAAUAAUUCGAAGCCGCAAUCGAAACGAUCGAGACUUGAUGUACGAAUCGAUAGAAGAAGUAGCCGAAUUACACGAAGAGUCGACUAAUGAAUUAUGCAAUGGGGAUUCGAAGAAAGUCGUCGUCGAAGUAAAAGAAAUACCGAAUUUGCAUACGAAUCACAGAGUAUCGAAUAACGAUAUCGACGAGCACGAAAGUAACGAUUUACUGCUUUAUAAAAAGUACAAGAUAAAUCAAAUGAAAGACAUGAUAAAGAACGGAGAUUCGGGCAAAAAUUACAGCAUCGAUGAAAUGGGAAGUCCAGAAUUUACAGAUAAUCCGUAUUCUUAAGUUUUUUCCUUACGAUUGUCAAUCUUUCUUUCUACUUAUAAAAUAAAAAACUCUGUGAUUGAUCAA